AUGACGCGCAACUUUGCCAGGAUCUCCCAGAGGCCUAUGGAUAGGGCUCUCGCGAACUUGGUCAAUGUUCCCAAAACUCGCCGGACUUUUUGCAAAAAGUGUGGAAAGCACCAGUCCCAAAAAGUGACACAGUACAAGGGCAAAGACUCUCUGUAUGCCCAGGGAAAGUGGCGUUAUGACAGGAAGAAGAGUGGCCAUGAUGGGCAGCCCAAGCCAAUUUUUUGGAAAAAGGAGAAAACGACAAAAAAGAUUGUGUUAAGACUCAAAUGUGUUGAGCCAAACUGCAGAUCUAAAAGAGUGCUGGCUAUCAAAAGAUGUAAGCACUUGGAACUGGGAGGAGAUAAAAAGCGAAAGGUCAAGUGA